AUGGCGGGGCUCUGGCUGGUUCACGGUUCUAGCAUGCGGCUUCCGGGGGGCCGACUUUGGCGGCUCCUGCCUCACGGGCUCGGGGGGUGCGCCCCGGCGGAGGGGGCCGCCAGAGUCUGGCUCAGGCAACUCGGCGCGCGGCGAGAGGAGGCGUGGCGGACCUCGGAGCUGGCUCGCAGCGGCGGGGGAAGCCGGCCCUUGAGCACGGGGAUGCCGCCCCCUCCAGGGUCGUCCGGCCCCGAGCCGAAGGGCCGCAGAGACCCCAUGCGCCCCUCCAAGCCCGGGCCGGUUUCCUGGAAGUCUUUGGCAUUCACAUUUGCAGUUGGUGGAGCUUUAUUGGCUGGAAUGAAGUACUUCAAGAAAGAAAAGACAGAGAAGCUGGAGAAGGAACGGCAGCGAAGCCUGGGGAAGCCUUUACUGGGGGGCCCGUUUUCCCUCACAACACAUACUGGAGAGCCCAAAACUGACAAAGACUACGUGGGUCAGUGGGUAUUGAUUUAUUUUGGUUUCACUCAUUGCCCUGAUGUCUGUCCAGAAGAACUAGAAAAAAUGAUUCAAGUCGUGGAUGAGAUAGAUAAUAUUCCAACUCUGCCAAAUUUAACUCCACUUUUCAUCACUAUUGACCCAGAAAGGGACACGAAAGAAGCCAUCGCAAAUUAUGUGAAAGAAUUUUCUCCCAAACUGGUUGGCCUGACUGGCAGCAAAGAAGAGAUUGAUCGAGUGGCCCGAGCAUACAGGGUGUAUUACAGCCCUGGCCCCAAGGACGAUGAUGAGGACUACAUAGUGGAUCACACAAUAAUCAUGUACUUGAUUGGACCAGAUGGUCAAUUCCUAGAUUAUUUUGGCCAGAACAAGAAGAAUGCAGAAAUUGCAGGUUCGAUUGCCGCGCACAUGAGGGAACACAGGACGAAGGGCUAGCCAGAGCCACAGUGCCGGCCGCGUGUUCUCUUGCGGAAGAGGAAGAAAGCUUUGUCUCCCAUAGGAGCCAAGAUACACCUAUACACACACACACACACACACACACACGCACGCACGCA